AUGGCCGCCACGAAUGGUGAUGGGCCGGCAGUAUGGGACGAAGCAAGACAGCUGGGACAGCUGUUUAUGAUGGGCUUUGAGGGUACCGAGAUCUCGGAUCAAGUCCGGACCCUCAUCGAACAAUACCAUGUUGGCUCAAUUCUUUUGACCGCCAAAAACCUCAAAUCCGCGGCGCAGACUACUCAGCUGGUCCUGGACCUGCAGCAGAUUGCUCACGAUGCUGGUCAUCCGGUGCCGUUGCUCAUUGCUAUUGACCAAGAAAACGGCGGUGUCAACAGCCUCUACGAUGAGAUUUAUAUUCGCCAAUUUCCUAGUGCCAUGGGCAUGGCUGCCGCCGGCUCGAAGAAGCUCGCAAAAGACAUCGCCCGAGCGACGGCACAGGAGUUGGGGUCUUGCGGUAUCAAUUACAUCCUGGGGCCUGUACUCGACGUCUUGACAAAUGCCAGGAACCAGCCGCUGGGCGUGCGCUCGAUCGGCGACGAUCCCCUUGAGGUUUCGGCGUAUGGUGUUGCCAUGAUGGCAGGUUAUCAGGAAGCCGGCUUGGCAACAUGCGGCAAGCACUUUCCUUCCUAUGGUAACCUUGAAUUUUUCGGCCCUCCCACAGAUGUGCCUACCAUAACAGAGUCACUGGAGAGUCUGAGCCAGAGCGCUCUUGUGCCCUUUCGAAAUGCUAUUGCGGGUGGCAUAGACAGUAUGAUGGUUGGAGGCGUUGCGAUGUCAUCCUCAGGCGUCAAUGUCAUGCAUGCCUGCCUGUCAGAGCAAAUUGUCCGAGAUCUUCUGCGCAAUGAGAUGCGGUUCGAAGGCGUGGUAAUAUCAGAAUGUCUCGAAAUGGAAGCUUUGAGUCGCAACAUAGGCAUAAGCGGCGGGACUGUUAUGGCUUUCCAGGCAGGCUGCGAUCUCAUACUAACGUGCCGAUCACUUUCGGUGCAGGAAGAGGCCAUCAAUGGCCUCAAAGCCGGACUCGACAACGGAAACAUCGAGCGAUUCCGAAUUCAGGAAUCCCUGAACAGGAUCCUUACCAUGAAGAAUUGUACUUCAUGGGAAAGAGCAUUCGCGCCUCUUGGUGUCGAAAACCUCACAAGACUGCAGCCAUUACACACCAACCUCUCCACGGCUGCUUAUAACAAGUCUAUCACUAUCGUAAGGGAUCAAAAACGAUAUCUGCCCCUGUCUCGAACCAUACAACCAGAGGAAGAAUUGUUACUACUCACACCAUUGGUCAAACCACUUCCGGCUUCUGCCAAUGCACGUCUGCACCAAGACUCGGCUGAGUUGUCAGUCUCAGAUCCAGGUUUCUCAUGGGACCCGAACGCAUCCGUCAUGAGUGGAGAGAGGGUGUUUAGAGAAUUUGGGAGAGCUUUCGCCAGACAAAGGAACGGCAAAGUAUCGCAUACAUCAUAUACCGCGAAUGGCUUGAGACCGCUUCACGAGACGCUACUGAACAGGGCCGCUGCUGUGAUCGUUGUGACAGCGGAUUCCGGCCGCAACAAGUAUCAGAACGGCUUCGCAAAGCAUGUAUCGAUGAUGUGCAAGCUAUCACUUGGCUCCAUCGGACAAAUGAAAGAGAAGCCUUGCAUCGUCAUCGCAGUCUCGUCGCCCUUCGACUUCGCAGCAGACACGAGUAUCGGGACAUAUGUAUGCACCUAUGACUUUACAGAAACGGCGCUACAAGCCGCGGUCAAAGUGGUCUACGGUGAAAUAUCAGCGACGGGCAUGCUGCCCGGCUCCCUGGGUCACAAGCACCAGUCCAAGCCAACUCGGCAGCAGUGGCUCGUGGAGAAUUUCAAAGAGGAGCGGGACGCAGUCGCACUUGACACUUUGCUGAGAGAAUCUGCUAGAGAUAAGGGCAGAUCGGCACAGCUACUCCAGAAUGCCACUUCAAACACGUUCCUGUUGCGAAAUCCAUCUGUCGACGAAGCGCAUUUUGUUGUUCGAAACAGCACCACGAAGCAGCUGUUUGGUUUCUGCGCCACUUAUUACUCUCGAGCAAGCAAGACUGGACACAUCGCUGCAAUCGUGGUAGAUCCUGGACGUCGGAGACUGUCCAUUGGUCAUUCACUGCAUGACAGAGCUAUUCGUGCCCUUCUCCAGAACGAGGGCAUUGAGAAGUUCCAGCUGGGCACGAAUUUACCAAACGUCUUCCUCGGCAUCCCCAAAGGAGACGUCGCUGAGUACAAAGUCCUGCGACAGUGGUUUGCAAAGCUUGGCUGGAACGUGUCACUGUCUACAACAGUCUGCUCGAUGAGUAUUGAUGAUUUGGCGACAUGGGCACCCCCUGAAGGACUUGGCAAAGCCCUGUCGAGUGCUGACACUAAGUUCGACCAGGUCUCCGGCGCAGAAUACGCAGGUCCCAUCAGUGACCUCUUGAAACGCAGUCGACAUUCUGAUCUGGUCGACAUGUACAAGAUGGCCUUGGACAACAAGGAGUCCAGUAGCAUCAUUCGCGCGAAGCGUGCGAGCGAUGGGUCUGUGGUGGGCACGCUCCUGAUGUUGAAAUACGACUCCAGAAUUACGAGAUAUGUGCCGAGCAUGGAGAGUGGAAUCAGAGGUUGCAUAUCGGCUCCUGUAAUUUCAGCACAUGAUCGGCACUCCCUAUUGCAAGGCCUGGUAUUACUUGGUGUUCGCCAAUUGAAGCGACAAGGCGCUUCUGCUGUCGUCUUCGACAAGGUGAACGAAGAUGGGGCACUCAAGUAUUUGUAUGAGCUCGGAUUCCAGGUCGUACACACCUUUGAUGAAUUGAAUGCUGAUCCCCAGCACUGGACUGGGUGA